AGCCUUUCUUUUUCCCCCCGGCGCCGCGACACUCACUGGCCCUUCCUUGAUCCAGUAACCUGACUGAAACCCAGCCAGCAGAGGCGAGCUGUUUGCAUGAGCUGCGGUGGCAUUUCGAUCCCACGAAUCCAAUGGAGCGGCGGAAGAUGAUCGCCGAUCUCCUCAGGGAAAGCGCGAAAAGCUCGACCCUCCGCGGCGGCAUCCAGCUGCACGCCGCCCUAACGAAGCUGGGGUUCGGAUCGGACACCAUGCUGAGCAACAAUCUGAUCGACAUGUACGCCAAGUGCGGGAAGCUGACCAUGGCAGCCAAGGUGUUCGACGGAAUGUCCGGCAGGAACGUGGUCUCCUGGACGGCCCUCAUGGUGGGCUUUCUGCAGCACGGGGAGGCCAGGGAGUGCCUCAGGCUGCUCGGCGAGAUGCGGGUCUCCUCCGAGGCCACGCCGAACGAGUACACGCUCUCGGCGAGCCUCAAGGCCUGCUGCGUUGCCGGCGACACGAGCGCUGGUGUCCGGAUCCAUGGAGUCUGCGUCAGGACGGGGUACCAGGAGCACCACGUCGUCGCAAACUCGCUGGUGCUUAUGUACUCCAAGGGUGACAGGAUCGGCGACGCGCGGCGAGUGUUCGACGGAACCGCCUUCAGAAACCUCGUCACCUGUAACGCCAUGAUCUCCGGGUACGCGCACGCCGGCCACGGCAGGGACGCGCUGCUCGUGUUCCGGGAGAUGCAGCACGGAGAGGAGCCUGAUGAGUUCACCUUUGCCAGCUUGCUCAAAGCUUGCAGCGGCCUUGGCGCUGCACGCCAGGGCGCGCAGGUUCAUGCGGCCAUGACGGCUAGAGGGUUCUCCACGGCCUCCAAUGCCAUCCUCGCCGGCGCGCUGGUGGACCUGUACGCCAAAUGCCGGUGCCUGCCGGUGGCAAUGCAGGUGUUCGAGAGCCUGGAGAGGAAGAACGCCAUCCAGUGGACGACGGUGGUCGUCGGCCACGCGCAGGAGGGGCAGGUGAGGGGAGCAAUGGAGCUGUUCCAGCGGUUCUGGAGCUCCGGCGUCCGAGCUGACGCCCAUGUUCUGUCCGGUGUGGUCGGCGUGUUGGCGGAUUUUGCGCUGGUCGAGCAGGGCAGGCAAGUUCACUGCUACACUGUCAAGAACCCGGCCGGGCUGGACGUGUCACUGGGCAACUCCAUGGUCGACCUGUACCUCAAGUGCGGGCUGAUCGACGAGGCAGAACGGCUGUUCCACGAGAUGCCGGCGAGGAAUGUCGUCUCGUGGACGGCGAUGAUCAAUGGCCUCGGAAAGCAUGGACUUGGCCGUGAAGCCAUCGACAUGUUCGAACAGAUGCGAGCAGAUGGCGUCGAGCCUGACGAGGUGACCUACCUGGCGUUGCUGUCGGCGUGCAGCCACGCCGGCCUUGUCGAGGAAUGCCGGUUGUACUUCUCAAGGAUCCUGCAGGAACGCAGGGUGGUGAGACCAAAAGCAGAGCACUAUGCGUGCAUGGUCGACCUCCUCGGCCGCGCAGGAGAGCUCAGGGAGGCAAGGGACAUCAUCCUGACGAUGCCCAUGGAGCCGACCGUCGGCAUAUGGCAGACGCUCCUGAGCGCGUGCAGGGUGCACAAGGACGUCGCCGUGGGCAGGGAGGCAGGCGACGUCCUCCUGGCCAUCGACGGCGACAACCCGGUGAACUACGUCAUGCUGUCCAACAUCUUCGCCGAGGCCGGCGAGUGGCGCGAGUGCCACAAGGUAAGAGACGCCAUGAGGCGCAAGGGGCUCAAGAAGCAGGGCGGGUGCAGCUGGGUGGAGCUCGACAAGGAGGUGCACUUCUUCUACGGCGGCGGUGACGACACGCACCCGGAGGCCGGCGACAUCCGCCGCGUCCUGAGGGACGUCGAGAGGAGGAUGCGGGAGCAGCUCGGGUACAGCGCCGACGCGCAGUUCGCGCUGCACGACGUCGACGAGGAGUCGCGUGUAGAGAGCCUGAGGGUGCACAGCGAGCGGCUCGCCGUCGGGCUGUGGCUUCUGCGCAACGGCGACGGCGGCGGACAGGAGAAGGUGAUCAGGGUGUACAAGAACCUGCGGGUGUGCGGGGACUGCCAUGACUUCUUCAAGGGCUUGUCGGCUGUCCUGAAGAGGGUGUUGGUGAUGAGAGACGCCAACAGGUUCCAUCGGUUUGAACAGGGCGCGUGCUCCUGUAGGGACUACUGGUGACUCGACGGCACUGCACCCUCCCGA